CGUUACCUUCUGGUUUGCUAUCAGUAACGAUGAUGAGAAUGAUAGUGGGACCGAAAUGGCGGAUAAUUCCAUAGCCCUGAAAACUCAUGUAGAAAACAUGGAGAAAGAGCGACAGAUGUUAGCUGUCAGACUGGAGAUCACGCGGGACCCCGUUUCAAACACUAUCCAACUUAGUAACCUUGCUGGAUAUUUGGCAUUAGUUCUCUUUCCUUUGAAUCAUGAAAACAAACGCUA